UCCGCGGCUCACAGCUGGCCGCGAGCCCGGGCCGUCCCGGACUUCCAGGUGCGUCCACUUACCGGCUGGACCUCUCGCCACUUUAGGCGACCUCCUCCACCUCUUCCGGCCUCCCAGGCCUCUCUGCGGGCCCCGCCCCGCCGCGGCCGGCUCCGCCCCGCGCUACGCAAGGGGAGGCGGAGCUUCAGAAGACGCCCGCUCCGGGUCUGACCCUCUGACGACGCUCCCCAUGGCUGACUCGGCGGGGUUGCUCUCCGCCCGCCUCAAGACCCGGACUCCCCGCGCUUCUCGAAACGCCACAGGUGGUAAACAGACAAAUGCCUUAAAACAAGAAGAUGCUUCUAAAAGGAAAGCAGAACUAGAAGCAGCUGUGAGAAAGAAGAUUGAAUUUGAGAGGAAAGCCCUACAUAUUGUUGAACAGCUUUUAGAAGAAGAUAUUACAGAAGAAUUCCUAAGGGAAUGUGGGAAAUUUAUCACACCUGCUCACUACAGUGAUGUUGUGGAUGAGCGUUCUAUUAUCAAGCUCUGCGGUUAUCCUUUAUGUCAGAAGAAACUAGGAAUUGUACCAAAACAGAAGUAUAAAAUUUCUACCAAAACCAAUAAAGUCUAUGAUAUUACUGAAAGAAAGUGUUUUUGCAGCAAUUUUUGUUACAAAGCAUCUAAGUUUUUUGAAGCACAAAUUCCUACAACUCCAGUAUGGGUUCGAGAAGAGGAAAGGGAUCCUGAUUUUCAGCUGCUACAGGAAGGACAAAGUGGCCAUUCUGGAAAGGAAGUACAGCUAUGCACUAAGGCCAUUAAAACAUCAGAUAUUGACAAUCCUGACCAUUUUGAGAAGCAUUAUGAAUCUAGUUCUUCCAGCACUCAUAGUGAUAGUAACAGUGACAAUGAGCAAGACUUUGUUUCCUCCAUUCUGCCAGGAAACAGACCAAAUGCAAUGAGUGUAAGUCCAAAGCUACACAAAAAAAGCAUAAUGAAAGAGAAAGCUGGCCAGAAAGCUAACUCCAAACGUGACGACAAAGAACAGACAGUAAUAGAUGUCUCUGAGCAGCCAGACAAUUGCAGAUUAGAUAGUCAGGAGAAAGCUACUGCUUGUGAACUUCCUUCACAGAAAGUAAGUACUCAGAUUUCUUCCCAUAGUCCUUUGCCAGAAAAAUUAGAAGCUUCAGAAAAUUCUGAAAAUAAAUACCGUAAUUCAAAAAUAACUCUAGUAGGCAUAAGUAAGAAAAGUGCUGAGCAUUUUAAGAGAAAGUUUGCCAAAUCAAACCAAGUUUCUAGGUCAGUCUCUAAUUCAGUGCACAUAUGCCCUGAAGUUGCAAAGGCAAACUUACUUAAAGUCCUGAAGGAGACUUUGAUUGAGUGGAAGACAGAAGAAACUUUGAGGUUUUUGUAUGGCCAGAAUUAUGCUUCUUUGUGUAUGAAACUCUCUUCAGCCUCUCUGGUUAAAGAAGAAGAACUUGAUGAAGAUGACAUUUACUGUGACCUAGACAGACAUUCUUCCCUUCAGGGAUCUCAGAACAGCUUGGAUGAGUCUUUACCUUUUAGGACUUCAGAUACAGCCAGUAAACCACUACCAAGUUAUGAGAACUUGAAAAAAGAAACUGAAACAUUAAAUCUAAGGAUAAGAGAGUUUUACAGAGGACAGUAUGUUUUGAGUGAAGAAACUACCAAAUCACAAGGCUCAGAAGAGCAAGAUCCCACCUUUCCGCUGAUAGAUUCAAGUUCUCAGAACCAGAUUAGAAAACGCAUCGUACUUGAAAAGUUGAGUAAAGUAGUGCCUGGGCUUUUGGGGCCUCUUCAGAUCACAUUAGGAGAUAUUUAUGCACAACUUAAAAAUCUUGUUCGAACUUUCAGAUUAACAAAUAGAAAUAUUAUACACAAACCUGCAGAGUGGACCUUAAUUGCUGUGGUGUUGUUGUCAUUACUGGCCCCAAUUCUUGGCAUCCAGAAGCAUUCUCAGGAAAAUGUGGUGUUCACACAGUUUAUAGAGACUCUGCUUGAAGAACUACAUUUAAAAAAUGAAGACCUUGAAAGCUUAACUCUCAUAUUUAAAACUAGCUGUUAACCAGAAUGGUAUAAUCCAUGAAGAACAAUAGAAGAUGAACUUCUAUUCAUCAUUUCUGGAAUUCUAGCUACAAUGAUGAUCUGGUGGUGACUGAUAACUAUCUUUGUUCCAAGAAAGGCCUUUAUCUCCUUAGAUUUCAGCCCCCUGCUUCCCAGUCCCCUAACUGUACAGUGACUUCCCCCAGAGAGAGGAGAACCAUUAUUCCAACAAGGAUAACUAAGUGCUUGUAUCUCUAGCUAUAAGACAUAGUAUUUUUAUUUAUUUGAAAUGAAAAUUGAAGUUUUAAGUUGAAACUUUAAUAAAUCUUAAUGACCUUA